CCUGUUCAGCCGGUCCCGUAGCUCAGUCCAUUUUCUGUUUUCUCAUUUGCUUGAAGCCCAUUGACUCGAGAGGCACACCGUUUCCAAAUCUUCGUAUACCUUGAGCUGCUUACAAUAUUAUUCUCUUUCUUGCUGCCACGUUCAACGGUCGCCGUUCAUCAUCUCUAUUCAUGAAAUGUCCAACAAUGUGCACUCCUACAAAGCCUCCAAGGAGGCCUUCGUAUCAGGAAUGACGGGGUCGACUGUAACCCACAUAAAUUUGCUGUCCGCGGCAGCCCUGUCCUCCAUCGCAUUCUACUCCUGCCUACGUUCUCGCCUCUGUCUACACAGCUCUCAAAAUUUCGCAUCCGAGUUCCUGCUCCUUGUCGCUCCUCUCUUACUUUCCGUAACCCUCUUUGCCAAUGCCCCCGGCGCUCUCUCCGUUCUCCUCCUCUUUCCCACAGUGUUGUUGCUCCUAGUGCCGCUGCGUGAAUCCGGCACCCCGCUCCCUUCGAGCGCCGACAUGUCGCCACGCACACCGUUGGUGCAUAUUUGGCCCCCAUCCACCACUAGCACGUCACUGUUGCUCGCGCCGCUACCGGCGCUCAGCACAUAUCGCGCACACAUGAUGCUGAUAACCAUCCUGUCUAUCCUUGCCGUCGACUUUCCCGUCUUCCCUCGCAUCCUGGCCAAAUGCGAGACUUAUGGCGUUUCCCUGAUGGACAUGGGCGUGGGCUCCUUCGUAUUCUCCCAAGGCGUCGUAUCCGCGAUUCCUCUACUCAAAGAUCCAUCAUACCUCACGUCUCCACUGAUACCCAAAACGACGCGCACGCUUCGCAAAACCCUCCCCGUCAUCCUCCUCGGACUGGUACGAGUCCUGCUUAUCAAAGGCACCGAGUAUCCCGAACACGUCACGGAAUACGGCGUCCACUGGAACUUCUUCUUGACUCUCGGCUUCAUUCCCGUCCUCCAAGUGCUUCUGCACCCUAUCAUCGUGCACGCGCCCAUCUCAAUGAUCGGUGUGCUGGUUGCUCUGGCACACCAGUGCGCCCUUUCUCUCGGACUGAGCUCGUACGUCCUGGACGCGCCACGCACAGGACUGAUCAGCGCCAACAAAGAAGGCAUCGUCUCUCUCAUUGGGUACCUUGCCAUCCACCUCCUCGGACUCUCGACGGGCACGUUCUUGCUCCCACCCUCUCCAUCGCACUUCCGCCGCCGCCAACAGUCCAAUAAGCGCACCAAGCGCCGCGACAGCAACGCUGCGUCCCAGGGCGCAAACGAGGCCGAAAAACUGACAGCGUUCAAUACGGCCCGCAGGGAGAACGACAAGACGGCGACUGUGCUGUUCUCCUAUACUGCCAUCUGGUGGGCCCUGCUAGGAGCGUGCAUGCUCAUCGGGGUCGGCGGCGGCGUUUCGCGUAGGAUGGUCAAUUUGCCUUAUAUCGCGUGGGUUGCGGCGUACAACACGUCUUUCAUCCUCGGCUAUCUGUUGCUCGACCUCUAUUUUUUCCCGUCGCCGCUGUCCCGAUCGAUGUACUCGCCCACGUCGAAGCUCAAGAUGCAGGACACCAGUCGCCUACCAACGCUCCAGCAGGAGCGGCCGCAGACAGCCCCUCCAUUGCUAGAGGCUAUCAACCGGAACGGGCUGGCAUUGUUCCUUUUGGCCAACCUCGCGACGGGCGUCAUCAAUAUGAGUAUGGCUACGAUGUAUGCAUCGGAUGCGACGGCGAUGAUCGUGCUCACGCUGUAUGCAUUGGGUGUAUGUGGGGCUGCGUGGGCGACGCGGGAUCGCCGGCUCUUGAAACUGUAA